UGUAGGAAAGACCAUUAAUGUUUAGCUUGAUUUCAUCUCUAUCGAACGUAAACCAAACCUACUGAAACAUCUGCGAUUAAAUACACCGGAUCUGGUAAACUCUACAAAUUGACUCAUGCCAUUCGAGAAGAUGAAAUGAAAAGACGUGCUCCUGUUGCUAAGUAUUGGAUUUUGUGACUUUAUCAUGGAUUCACUAAUUUGCCAGACUUGAUAGUUGGACAUUAUUGUUGCAGUCAGGCAAGCAAUGGGCUCUCUUUCGCUUAUUGGCUGCUUGUUUAUCAUCGUUGUCAUUUGGUUGUUCAAGAAAAAUCAAAUAUUUACUUGGCGUCUGAUUUUAUAUCUCAGCAUUGCAGCAUGCCUAAAUAGCAUUACUUUUUUAAUGCCUGGUUUCCUAUCUGAAGGACCGUUGUGCAAUUUUCAAGCCUGGUGGUUAACUUUCUUUAUUUGGGCGGUGGUACUUUGGGCAUGUUGCAUUACCUUCAAUCUUUAUCAAAAUGCCAUACGGACCAUGAGAACAGAAAAAUAUGAAAGGAUCUACCACUUCAUAUCUUGGGGAGUGGCUCUAGUUGCCUCUUGUAUUCCUUUCAUUGGAAAUCAUUAUGGACCUGCAGAUAUGUGGUGCUGGAUCCAUGGAAAAAGCUCUCGCGCCCAAGUUAUGCGGUUUGUAACGUUUUACAUACCUUUGUGGUGCAUGAUUGCGUACAUGCUUUUAACCUACUUUGUCAUCGUGUGGAAGCUUCGACGUAUGGUUGAUCGUUAUGGAGGAACCUAUAGCCCAGAGCUCGAACGACAAAGAGAAUUUUUGAGAAAAGAUGUAAAGCUCUUGAGAGCUUAUCCACUGGUGUACAUGGUUUUGUCUAUUUUUCCCUCAGUAAACAGGAUUCAAAAUGCCUUUGAUGACAAAAAAAUAUUUGGGCUUCUUUUAAUGCAGACCAUUUCAUCUCCUCUCUUUGGUGUUGUCAGUGCCUUAGUAUUCACAUUUGACAAAGAAACCAGGAAACUAUUAACUUGGAGCUCUUUUAAGAAUGCGAUAUAUCAAAGAAUGCAUGCAAGACCAGGAAUUGUUUCGGAGUACCCCAUCAUUCAAACAACUGGCAGUGUUUUGUCGAGGGUGACGAGUGAUGGCAUUACCAAUUUUUCUACGAGUGCAGAUGUAGCAAUUACAGUCAAUCAAAACUGUGACGACGUUUCUAAACAAACCACGCCAGGUGACACUGGUAUUGUGUGAGCACAAGGGUAUAGCUAACCGCUUAUUGAAUUAUGCUAUGUUAAUUUUUCUGUGCUCAUUUCAUCUUAGGUCUUACAGUGAAAAUUAUAGAAUUCUAAGGAAAUGAAUAAUGAGAAUGUUCUAUAAAAUUUACAAAUUAAUGCUAAAACCUGUAGAUUCGACACGACACUGUGCAAUAGCUCUUUAGUUUUAAAGUUUGCUGUGAUGUACCUAUUCACAGAACAUUUUUAUGUAAAUAAAUGCUCCUGUUCUCUCUCCUA